AUGAAUUCAAUCAAUGACCACGAACUGUGCAUAUUUACUAAACAAGAACAAGAAGAAUCACCUUGCAUAGUGUCGACGCCUUCGUCACCUUCCUGCUCCGAAAUGUCCUUUCCCCAUUCUCCUUCGGCACCAGAAAUACUAAAUCCUGAUUAUGCAAUUUAUCACGUACCAAAAGGAUUUAAUGUUGUCUUAGUACCGAAACCUGAUGAGUCAACAACUUCAUCAUCUUCUUCAAUUGAUGAUUCAAACAAUACUUUAUUAAAUAACAACAACGACGACGAUGCGUCUUCUGAUUGCGCUUAUUCUACAAAAUCUGGUUCAAAGCCAAUGGAUAUUCCUAAACCCAAUAAUAACACUUCUGUCCCGUCAAACGACGAAUAUGCUUCGAACAUUGACACACCGAACAAUAUCACUAAUAAUACCUCUUCCUCCUCUUCAUUGCCAUCAUCCACCAGCAAUUCGUCUACAUCUUCGAGACUCUCUGCUUAUAGGAAGCGUAAGGCAGACAAAAAUUAUAUUCCUCGCCCAAAGAAUUGUUUCAUGGCUUAUCGCGAACAUAUCAAGGAAAAGUUCUUGGCAGAUAAUCCUGGCUUGAAUAAUAAGGUUGUGUCGGUACUCGCAGCUAAGAUGUGGAAUAAUGAACCAGAAAGUGUUAAAGAAUACUGGCGUGAACGUGCAAAGCAAUUGAAACUGGAGCAUAAGCUCAAAUAUCCCGAUUAUAAAUUCAAGCCACAGAAAAAGAAGUCGAACGUAAAAACUCCUGGUGGUACAAAAACUUCGGCCAAGAACCGAAAGAAACCUCUUGAUUCCGAUAAACAACUCGUAUUUGCUGAUGAUUAUUCUGCCGAAGUGAUUUGCCAUGACACUGAUCAUGAUAAUAAAGUGAUAUAUCCAAUUCGUAUUGAAACUGCUGAUGAGCAAGACGAAUUAUAUAUGCAUCAUUUACAAAAGAAAGCUUUAUUCGGUCACUAUAGAGCAUCUUCCGUUGAAUCUGUUAGUUCAUGGACAAGUGAUUCAACCGCAUCAACUCCUCUAUUGUCACCAUUCACGUGUUCACCUGCGUCAUACUCGCCUCCUAUUUUCCCAUUCAAUAAUAAUUCUAACACUAAUAAUCAAAUGUGUCGAUCUCAAUCAGCAUUACGAUAUGAAGCCGGAAAUCUUUCUCAUUCCCAAGAAGAUGCACACAACGGCAAUAAUAACAUAAUGUUCUCGCAUCACCACUCAGCUUCUCAUCAAUAUGAAAUUGAUCAACUGAAUCAAAUGUACAACCAAAUGGAUGUGAAUGCCCGUGCUGUUAUGCCAGUUGAUGAUGGAUUUGUUCUUGAUUCGUCUUACGAUGAAUCUACGUUGAGAACUGCGGCUUUACUUAAUCAAUCUCUUACCUCUUGCUCUUCAUCUUCGCCAGAAAUGUCUUCUACUGAUUAUGAUUUGAUGGCGAUGGGUCAUUUUGCUUCUCCCAUUUCUGAGGAACAAGGUUUCUAUGUUGAUUAUGAAAAUAAUUCUAACAAUUACUCAAACUUUAAUCCGUCAAUCGAUCCUCAAAAUAAUCAACAAGCUUAUUCUUCCCUUGCUGAACACUAUGCAUUUGCUCUUGAGACUCCGCGACGAAAUUCUCAACAAAUGUUGGCUGAAUUUCAGAAUGGCCUUCGACAACAAGAGUUAAUGCUUCAAGAAUUAUUGGAUUGA